CACCAACCCAAUCAAUUUCUUUUUCUUUUUAAUCAUAUGAUUAUUAUCUCUUUCAUUUUACAUUUGUUUUUGGACCUUCAAUGGCUCACAUUAUUGCUCCUCCUCCUCACUCUCCCUCCCAAUUUCUGAAGAAGAAGCUUAGUGGGCAAAGAAAAAAGGAAGAGCUUGAAAGAGAGGUGUUGAUGCUUCAAAAAUUAUUAAAUCAAGAAGAAAAGGUGCAUGAGAUUUUAGAAGGCAUCAAUAAACAACAAAAUGGUUCUGCGAUUGGCAUCUCAAAUUUGCUUCCUCCCAAGGUGAAGGAGAUGUUAGCAGAAUUAGCAAUGGUGGAAAGUGAAAUAGCAAGGCUUGAGAUUCAAAUAACUCAACUCCGAAAGGAUUUGAAAAUUGAGCAACAACAUACCACAAAGUCCAAGCAAUGGAGCUCAGAACAACAACCUCAAACUAAUAACAAUAAUAAACCACCAUUGAAUUGGAACCCAAUUAGCAAAACAACUUUUGACACUAAGGCUCUUCAUUUCAUUAGCAAAGCCAUCAAGGGUGACUAUGCUCUCAAUCAUCACUUUAAGUUGGAUAAUUCAAAAAACAAUGAGUUAGAUCCUAGAGAUGCCAAAGACUCUCAUCAUCCUCUUCAUGAGGUUAAACUCCAUGAAAGAUCAGUUUCUCGAAAGAGUGGCCUUCUCGUUGCUUCGUCCCCUUUGCGAGACCCCCGACAUCCUUCUCCAAAGCAACGAGAGAGAAACCCAUUAGACAUACCACUACCAAAAUCCAUGCCAAUGCUCACUCAAGCAGAAGAAAACAUCCAAAACUGGCACCCCAACAAGCUAUCAGAGAGUAUCAUGAAAUGUUUGAACUUCAUAUAUGUGAGGCUGCUAAGAGCCUCAAGAACAAUGGAGCUAGAGAAGUCAGGUCCCAUUUCGAGAUCUUUGCAUUAUUCUUCUUUGAGCUCAAGAAGCUUCCGAGUCGAAAACGGUUUGAACUCAAGCCUUUCGGCACACAAAGAACUGAGGCAACAAGAUCCUUACGGCAUCUUUGAAAAUGAAGAAUCGAUACCAAGGGAUAUUGGCCCUUACAAGAACUUGGUCAUAUUCACAUCAACUUCAAUGGAUCCAAAAUCCAUAUCCAGUGCCACCUUCAUCCCUCUCAUGAGGAAGCUAAGGGUGUUGAUGAGCAAUUUGCAAAAAGUGGAUCUAAGGCCAUUGAGUUACCAACAAAAACUAGCAUUUUGGAUCAACAUGUACAAUGCUUGUAUCAUGAAUGGAUUUCUCCAAUAUGGAGUUCCUUCUUCUCCAGAAAAACUAGCCACUUUGAUGAAUAAGGCGAUGGUUAACAUCGGAGGCAACACCAUAAAUGCACAAGCCAUAGAUCAUUACAUUUUAAGGAAACCAAUGUCUAUUAACAUAGAGGACGACAACAAAGAAGCCAUCGUUCGGAAGCUCUACGGCCUAGAAUCAUCAGAACCCAACGUCACAUUCGCCCUAUGUUGUGGGACGCGCUCAUCGCCGGCUGUGAGAAUAUACAGUGGCGAGGGGGUGGUGGCGGAGCUUGAGAGAUCCAAGCUCGAGUAUCUGCAGGCAUCGGUGGUGGUCACCAGCUCCAAGAGAGUCGCAGUGCCGGAGCUUCUCAUUCGAAGCUUGCCGGAAUUUUCAUCAGCGGACAUGAAGACGGUGGUGGAGUGGGUGUGUCACCAGCUGCCGACGUCGGGGAGUUUGAGGAAAUCAAUUGUGGAAUGCUUUCGAGGGCAUCCCAAAACGCAGCCUACAAUUGACACUUUGUCUUAUGACUUCGAGUUUCAAUAUCUUUUGCCUUUAUAAAAUCUAAUUCUUUAAAUUUGAGAAAUGAUCAAUUAGUUGGAUAGGGGUUUUUUUUUUCUCACUAUUCUUACCUUGAAUUAAUUUUGAUGGGUUUGAUUUGUAUAUUGGAUAAUUCAUAAUGACAAUUUUUUAUGGUUUGUUCUUGAA